GUUGUGACGUCACGUUGGUGACGUCUCUAUGGCUCCCUGGUCUGGCUGACAGAAGUUUGUAGCGUUGGAAACAGGAGAGAAGACGUCUCCCAGCCAUGGCUGUAAAUCGGAAUCAUUCUCAAAACGGCGGCGUUUUGAUAAACAACGGAGAAAGUGUUUUAAGGCAGUGUAAGAAUGUGGAGCUGUCAUUCAGUGAUGUCACCUGCAAGACAGACCUGCUGAAGGGGACCAAGAAGGGCACUGUUUACCUCACACCAUACAGGCUGGUGUUUGUGUCCAGUAAUACCAAGGAUUGCCUGGGUUCAGCCAUGUUCCCCUAUUAUCUGAUGAAGGGCUGCAGCAUUGAACAGCCGGUCUUUGGAGCCAACUACAUUAAAGGAACAGUUUCAGCUGAGCCUGGUGGCGGCUGGGAGGGCCAGGCCCAUUUCAAGAUGUCAUUCCUCAGUGGAGGAGCCAUAGAACUGGGACAACAUCUCUUCAAACUUGCCACAAAUGCAUCUCGUGCUGCUCCUGCCCAAAACGGCGCGGCCUCUUUCGGAUAUCCUUCACCUGGAAUGAUGAAUGGCUAUGGCCCACCUCCACCUGCUCCUCCUGGUUAUCCUUACCCCCCACCUCCCCAGGAGAAUGGAUUCUACCAGGGCCCUCCCCCUGCUGCUGGCAACAUGGGCUACCCCUAUCCAACACCCACUGCUGGAAUGUACCCAUCUGGUUUUGACUACAUGGCCCCACCUCCCCCAUACCCUGGGCCACCCCAGCCUUGGACUGCACCACCCCAGAACUGGACAGCACCACCGCCACCUCCUCCAGGCAACUCCAAGGCAGCUGAAGCAGCAGCAGGAAGCGCAUAUUACAAUCCCAGCAACCCACACAAUGUCUACAUGCCCAUGGAGCAGCCUCCCCCACAGGAGCGGCCUCCACCAUAUGCACCUAACGCAGACUCUCUUGGCAAGAAAUACAACUGAGGCUCAGGCACUGACACUCUUCUCUCUUCUUCUCUACAGUAAAUAUAUUCGAAAGCGAGUCAUACUGAUGGAUACCCACUCAACUGUAGAAUAGAGGGUUAAAAGAUGUUGGUGAUACAUCACCAGUGAUUUAAUGGUAUUUUCUAUAAUGGAGUAGCUAAUAAAGCAGUUGCAUCUUUUACUUACAUUCAUUUAAAAUGUUUGACAACUCACUGAUCAUUAUUAACAUUCUCAGUGAUGGGAUUUGUUUUAUUUCUCUGUCUCGAACAUUGAUGGUGUUAAGAGGGGAGAUGAGGGGACAGGAUGGAGAAUGUAUUAACACAGAUUUAUUACUAAAACCUCUUGUGGCAACUUCUUGAUUGUAAUAUCAAGUCCUACUAUAAACAGUAUUUUUGCAGUAAAAUUGCAAGUACUGUGUGUUUCAAAUACAUUUUGUGUGACUGUUGUUCAUAUACAGUUUAGUAAAACAGUAUCAAACUGGUUCUCAUAGUUACAUAUGUGACCAGUGUGAUCGUUAGUACACAAGUUACAUUACAGUCUAAUUCUUUUCACUGCGUGACCCAAAUCUCACAGUCCUAGUUGAAUAUAUAAUAUUGUGUAUUAUAAUAAAGGGUUUGGUUAUCAAGA